AAAUUCUCAUUCACAGUCCUCACCUACACCUGCCCAUAAUCAGAAGUUCCACUUUAAUGCAAUUGAAUGCCUUCCUUUUCUUUCCUCCUUCUCACCAUCAUCACCACCAUCCUUACCAAAACCUGUGGCCCACCUCCUCCAAUCCUUCUUCACCCUUUCCUCUCUCCACUGAUAUCCCAGCAAUCAAAUUCCUUGGAUGGAAUAGAGAAAAUCUGUUUUUUCUCUUAUGGGUCUUCAAAUGCAUGCUUUAGCUCUGCUCUUUUCUGACCGUUGGUGCUCUUUAAAGAGAUUUUUGGCAUUUGGGUAUUGAAAAUAAGAGGCCUGGAGUGCUGUUUCUCAGGUUUGAAUACUCUGUCUUCCUUUGCUAUUUAAGCAUGGAUUGGUUUGGAUGAUGGAAAUAAGGGGAUUUUGCUAUGUGGGUCUUGAAGGGUGAGGUUUGGAAGGCAGGAUUUCGUUUUCAAGCUGUUGAAAUGGUGUUGGUUUUUCUUUGAUUUUGAGAGUCCAAAGCAAUCCGUUUCUGUUGAAACUGCGUUUUCACCCCCACCAAAUAGCAGAAAGGCAGGAUUUCAUUUCCAAACUGUUGAAAUGCUGUUGGGUUUUUUUUGUGUGGUUUUGAGAGCCAAAGCAAUCAGAAUCUGUGAGGGUGUUUUCCCGAUUGCGGUUAUGAAGAUGAGAUCUAGAAGAGCUGGAUUUCUUCUUGAAGUUGUCAUCUUGGUUGUUUUCUCUCAUUCAAGGCUGCUUGUUUCAGGCCUGGGCUCCAUGUCCUCUAUUGCUGUUUCUUAUGGUGAGAAUGGCCCAGUCUUCUGUGGGCUGAGCUCAGAUGGGUCCCACCUUGUCAGCUGCUAUGGGGCAGACUCAGCUGUUGUCUAUGGAGCUCCUUUUAGAUUCCCAUUCUCAGGACUAACUGCUGGUGAUGGAUUUGUCUGUGGCCUUCUGUUAGAAUCAAGCCAGCCUUAUUGCUGGGGAAACAACAUCUAUAUCCAGAUGGGUGUCCCUCAGCCUAUGGUGGAAGGGUCUUCCUACAAAGAAAUCAGUGCUGGGGACCACCAUCUAUGUGGUCUGAGGUGGCUCACCAAAGGGACCCACAUGAACACCUCUCUGAUUGAUUGUUGGGGUUACAACAUGACAGCUUCUCAUGCAUUGGGAGGCAAGAUCAUGUCCAUCACAUCUGGGUCUGAUUUCAGCUGUGGCCUGUUUGCUGAGAACAAGACUGCUUUCUGUUGGGGUGAUGAAACUGGAAGUGGGGUUUUGAGCUUGAUUCCCAAACAUGCAAGGUUUCAGAUGAUUUCAGCUGGUGGGUUUCAUGUCUGUGGUGUUUUGGAAGGCAGGGCGUCUAGAGUCCUUUGCUGGGGAAGGAGCUUGAGCUUGGAAGAGCCGAAUGUUAAUUCGGGUGAUGGUGGUGGAGAUGUCGAUUUGGCCCCACAGAACCCCAUGGUUUCUGUUGUGGGUGGGAGAUUUCAUGCCUGUGGGAUAAAGAGGUCUGAUCAUGGUGUGAUUUGCUGGGGUUUUAGGCUCAAGAACAGCACGCCGGUCCCAAAUCAAGUUAAGUUCUAUGAGAUUGCAGCUGGGGAUUACUUCACAUGUGGAGUCCUUGAGGAGAAUUCUCUUCGGGCGGACUGCUGGGGCUCGAGUUUCCCAUCCUCACUUCCCAUGGCGGUCUCACCAGGCCUCUGCAUUUCUAGUCCUUGUGGGCCGGGAUUCUAUGAAUUUAGCCAUGAUAACUCAGAUGUUGAGCUUUGCAAGUCAUCUGAUUCAAGGGUCUGCUUGCCUUGCAGCAUUGGGUGCCCAGAUGGGAUGUAUCAGUCUGUUGGUUGCAUGGCCAAAUCCGAUCGGAGGUGCGAAUUCAACUGUUCGAUCUGUGCUUCUCUGGAGUGCGAGUCUAGCUGUUCUUCUUCCCUGACAACAAAGAAGAACCGACGGCUAUGGUCUCUUCAGAUGCCAAUCUUUGUUGCAGAGCUUAUUUUCGCGGUGUUCUUGGUAAGCUCCGUUUUCUUAAUUGCAUGCCUUUAUGUUCGUUACAAACUCCAGACGUGUCAUUGUUCCACAUCAUCGAAGAAAAAUGCUAAAAACAGAACAUAUUCUUUCCACAAAGAGUCCAUAAAAAUCCGCCCUGAUUUGGAAGAGCUGAAGAUCCGACGAGCUCAAAUGUUUACUUAUGAAGAGCUGAAGAAAGCCACUGGUGGGUUUAGAGAAGAAACACAGGUAGGGAAGGGUAGUUUCUCGUGCGUUUUCAAAGGGAUCUUGAAGGAUGGGACCAUUGUUGCGGUUAAACGGGCCAUAAUGGUAUCUGAUGUGAAGAAGAAUUCUAAGGAAUUCCACACAGAACUCGAUCUCCUCUCGAGAUUAAACCACGCCCAUUUGCUCAAUUUGCUUGGUUACUGCGAAGAAGGUGGCGAAAGGCUACUGGUAUAUGAAUUCAUGGCUCAUGGGUCUUUACAUCAACACCUCCAUGGAAAGAACCCAGCUCAGAAAGAGCAAUUGGAUUGGAUCCGGCGUGUCACGAUUGCUGUCCAAGCAGCUCGUGGGAUUGAAUACUUGCAUGGCUAUGCCUGCCCGCCCGUAAUUCACAGAGAUAUCAAAUCUUCAAACAUACUCAUUGAUGAAGAACACAAUGCUAGAGUUGCUGAUUUUGGUCUGUCUUUGUUGGGCCCUGCAGACAGUAGCUCUCCAUUAUCUGAGCUCCCUGCUGGAACUCUAGGCUACCUUGACCCUGAAUACUAUAGACUCCACUACCUGACGACAAAGUCUGAUGUCUACAGCUUUGGAGUUCUACUCUUGGAAAUUCUAAGCGGCCGGAAAGCCAUAGAUAUGCAGUUUGAAGAAGGAAAUAUAGUGGAAUGGGCAGUCCCACUGGUAAAAGCUGGGGAUAUUUUGGGGGUCUUGGACCCAGUUUUGAAACCUCCAGCAGAUAUCGAGGCUCUGAAGAGGAUCGCCAAUGUCGCGUGUAAGUGUGUUAGGAUGAGGGGCAAAGAGAGGCCGUCGAUGGAUAAGGUCACAACAGCCUUGGAGCAAGCUCUUGCUCUUCUGAUGGGGAGUCCUUGCAACGAGAAUCCGAUCCUUCCCACAGAGGUGGUCUUGGGUAGCAGUCGGCUGCAUAAGAAGACAUCGCAGAGGUCAUCGAACCGGUCAUCUGAGACCGAUACAGUCGAAACAGAGGACCAAAGGUUUGAAUUCAGAGCUCCCUCAUGGAUAACAUUCCCGAGCGUUGCGUCAUCCCAGAGGCGGAAAUCAUCGUUGUCGGAUGCAGAUGUUGAUGCGAAGAACACAGAGGCGAAGAAUGCAGGUAAUGCUGGUAGUGCUGGCGACGGCUUGAGAUGUUUGGAGGAAGAAAUUGGGCCAGCAUCACCUCAACAGGACUUGUUCUUACAGCACAACUUUUGAAUUUUCAAAAGGACAGUUCUUGGAGGGAAGAUGGUUUGAAAAAAGGAAGGUGGUUGUUAUUUCAUCAAUCUAGGUUUUGGGUUGGAGAUGGGAGUUGUUAGAAAUGCAAUGGUGGAUGUAGUUUCAUGAAUUGCUACUAAUGUAUGCUCUCUAUUGUAUCUUUUGAAGGGGUGUUUUUGGGUAUUAGGCGUUUUCCGGUCUCCUCUCCGGUUGACUGGAUUUCAGCAUCUGAGUCAUUGAGAUAUUUGGGUAGUUUGUGAUCUUUGGCAGUUUUCCGGCGGAUUUGGGUAUUUUGGGGGAUUGAAGCAAGGGUUGAGAGGAAUUUGCUUUGUGUGUGUUGUUUGCAUUUCAUGGGGAAUUGGAGGAGGAAAUAGCAAUCAGAUGUGAUGCUAUUUCUUCUCCUAUUUCUCAACAGCAAUUGAAUGAAUUCAUGUAUAGUUUCUGUUUC